AUGGCACCUAUUGAAUUCACAAGUUAUGAAAACUAUUUAGUGGCGCGACAAGUCGUUGCUGAUUCAGCUACAAAUAAACUUACACCAACACAAGAUCAAAAGAUCAUUCUUAUUAUUAUUGGAGUUUAUACAGCAGCCAUUUUGAUUUUAUGGAAUAUGCCUAUUGCCAAGAUUAUCUUAUCACCUUUUAAAUUAUUGACCGUAGGCUUACAUGAAUUCUCACACGCGUUCGUUGGCUGCCUAACGUGUGCCAAGAUUGAGUCAAUUGAGAUUGAUCCAGAUGAAGGAGGUGUCACUCGAAUGCGUGGCGGAAUACCAAUGUGUACCUUACCUGCUGGUUACCUAGGAUCUUCACUAAUUGGCGCUAUUCUUGUGAUGUGUGGAUUUAAUAUCAUGGCUUCCAAAAUCAUGAGUAUAGUCCUAGGUGUUUGCUUGCUAUUUACCUUAUGGUGGGCCAGAAACUGGCUGACACGGGGUAUCGGUCUCUUGUUUAUAGGUGUUAUUGUCUUUCUCUGGUGGCUGGAACAUGGUGUGGGGCUCAAAUAUUUUGUGCUCUUUAUUGGUGUCAUGUCUUGUCUUUAUUGUUUAUGGGAUAUCUUAGAUGAUUUGGUGUUUAGAAAGCUACAUGAAUCAGAUGCUUCUAAGUUUGCUCAGGUAUGCGGGUCAUGUAUGUCAAGCCGUGUUUGGGGAGUUUUUUGGUUUUUGAUCAGUUUGGUGUUCUUUAUUGCUGGUAUCCUGAUCGGAUUAGUGGCAUUUAAAGAAGAUGAACAGACACAACAGCAACAGGCUGCUGGAUUUGGUUGGUAA